AUGGCGCCCAACAUCGAAAAUGCGCAACCCGACCCAAACCAAAAGACCUUGCAUGUCUGGUCCAAACCGAUAGAACAACUGGAGCAGCCAGACAACCAAGGAAACGACAAGAAUACAAAUAAUGGUAGACCGACAAUCUCGGAUGCAGUUGGCAUGAUUAAGACCGAAGACUUUGCGAAUGUGCACAACACACCGUGCGCAAGACAAGGGUUCCUGACCGGUAUUGCGACUGGAGCCGGCUUUGGUGGAUUGCGAUUUGUCUUGAAGGGAAAUGCUGUAAAUGCGGCGAAUUGGGCGGUGGGAAUGUUCGUACUUGGAAGCACAGCGUCAUACGAAUACUGCCAGUACCUGCGACGGGCUGAACGAAUACAGAUGAAGCGGCACAUUGAAGUGGUUUCAGAGAACAAGAGAGAAUUAGCCAGAAAAGCGGCCGAGGAAAAGAAGGAACAGAUCCGGCUGGAGCAAGAGCGGAUAGCGGCACAGAAACCUUGGUACAAGUUUUGGUGA